UGACCGACGGCAAAAGCGGAUAGGGAGACAAUUAGAUUAUUAUUGUAGUGUCAGCACGUUGUAGCCCUUAACAAUGUUCCCGUAAACCACCAACAAAACUACUAUACCCCUACAAAUUGUUCCAGAACCAGAUGCCUGAGGUGAGUCCCGCGGCGCGCCAGUUCCAACAAGAGUUCGCGGGAAAACACGGACCUGUGUGUUGUAAUACAAAUAGCAAGAUGGCGCCCUUAAACAAAUUGAAGGAAGAUCCAGCACGCCAUUCAGACACCAACGGCUUGAGUAUAUCGUUAGAAGCAGAUAACACCGCAAAACUUGGGGAAGGCAGCAAUAACUCAGACCAGCUUGAGGUAUCAGACUUAAAAGAAAAUGGAAGUGGAGCCUCUGAGUGGGGAGAUGCAGUGGAUAAAUCCCCAUCUGUUGACGAGGGUGUAUUAACAGCUGAGAUGCAGGCUGAGGAAGAGAAGCUGGAGAUGGCUAACAAGAAAGAAGAGGAGGAGAUACGCUUAAGGAUAGAAGAAAGACAACGCCAAGAAAAUGAAUUGCAAGAACAAAGAUACAAGCGGCUAAUGCAUCUGCUUAAUAAGUCUGAGUUCUACAGUCAGUUUCUCUUGAAGCAAAUUGAAUCUCAGGAAUCUAUGAAGAAAAAAAAGGGCAAGUCCAGAUCAAAACAUGGCAGAGAAGAUACUGAUAAGGAAAAUUCACAGUCUGAAGAUGCAGGAACCAGCUCUCAGGAAUCUGUUGAAGGAGAUGGAAAGAAGCGUAAGCUGACAAGUAAUUGUGGUGGUCGUCCUGUAAAGCGUGUCAGAGAUGGCAAAUAUAACAUGGCUGAUGUCAUUUCCACUGAUACCGUAAAAAACAGUAUGGAGUCUGCUUCAUACGAGACAGAAGCAAGUACUAUUGAACGUGAGGAACAACCUCGUCUCUUUGAAAAUGGUGUCAUGAGGCCCUAUCAGCUGGAUGGCUUUUCAUGGCUGACAGUUUUGUUUGAAAAUGGUGUUAAUGGGAUUUUAGGAGAUGAGAUGGGUUUGGGUAAGACCAUCCAAACCAUUGCCCUCAUCUGUCAUUUGGUAGGGGAAGGGGUGCCAGGCCCCUUCCUUGUGUGUGGUCCUCUCUCUACGCUGACCAAUUGGAUGGCUGAAUUUCAGAGGUUUGCCCCAAAGAUACCUAUAGUGCUCUACCAUGGUCAGGACACAGUACGUACAGAGAAGAGAAGAAAGCUUAAAGUUCUGAAGACUAUAGAGGGAACUAAUAUAUCAGUCUACCCUGUUGUCAUCACAUCUUAUGAGGUUGCUAUUCGGGACACAAAGUUCUUGAAUAGAUACCAGUGGCGCUAUAUUUGCGUAGAUGAAGGCCAUAGGCUCAAGAACCACAAGUGUCGUCUCGCAAAGUCACUGAACACAUACACAUCAACUAAUCGUCUCCUCCUGACUGGUACGCCACUACAAAAUAACCUCGCUGAACUCUGGGCUCUUCUCAACUUCUUAAUGCCAGAGAUUUUUGAUUCACUGGAUGUUUUUGAGUCUUGGUUUGAUGUGACAGACAUGAUGGAAGCAGGAAGUGAUGUGAGGAUCAUUCAGCAGGAGAAAGAAAAACAAGUUAUUUCAACACUCAUGAAGAUCUUGAGUCCUUUCUUCCUGCGGCGAGUGAAGAAAGAUGUAGACCUCGACAUUCCCCCAAAGAAGGAAUUGCUGGUGUUUACUCCAAUGACGCCGCUACAGGUGGAGCUGUAUGAGGCCACCCUAACAUCAAAUCAUGCUCUGUUCAACAACUUAAAGAAACCUGCUCCUGAACCUGUGGAGUAUAACGAACGUGGCCGACCCAAACGGAAAGCGAAAAUGAACAGUGACUUUUCAGUAUUGUUUCAGGAAUAUGAUGGAGUUUCAGAAAAUUCCAUUGAUGUUUAUAUCAGUGCAGUGAACAAAUUACAUGAGAAAGCAGCCCAUGAAGAAGUUAAAAAAACCUCUGUUGUAAGAGUUAAGCUGCAGAAUAAAAUGAUGCAAUGUCGAAAAAUUGUAAAUCAUCCUUACCUGAUCAAUUAUCCACUGAACAAAGAUGGUACAUACAAGGUGGAUAAUAGUCUUUUGAAAGUGUGUGGGAAGUUGCAAGUACUAGACCAACUUCUGGGGGAACUGUACAAACGUAAACACAGAGUUCUUCUCUUCUCUCAAAUGACGAUGAUGAUGGACAUCAUUGAAGACUACCUCACCCUCAGACCACAGUAUAAUUAUAAACGUCUAGAUGGCACUAAGAAACUUGAAGAACGUCAGAUAGACAUCAGUGAAUUCAACAACACAGACUCGACAGACUUCAUAUUUUUGCUGAGUACUCGUGCUGGUGGUCUGGGCAUUAACCUUGCUUCUGCUGAUACUGUCAUUAUCUAUGACUCAGACUGGAACCCCCAAAGUGAUCUCCAAGCUCAAGACCGCUGCCACAGAAUUGGCCAGACGUCACCCGUUCUGGUGCUACGUCUCGUCACCAAAUCUACGAUAGAUGAAAAAAUUGUGGAAAGGGCGGCAACAAAACGAAAACUAGAAAAAUUAAUCAUCCAGUCAGGAAAGUUCAAUGCAGCCAAACAGAGUGAACGAAAAUUUGAGAAAGUAUUGGACGAAGAAGAGUUGAUUGGCCUAUUGAAUCAGAGGGAUCAUGCGAGAAUACACCAAACUACAACUGGUCACAUUUUCUCAAAGAAGGAGCUGAAUCAGCUGCUCGACCGUAGUGACAUGACAAAGAAAGAAAGGCACAGAAAGGAGGCGAGUGAACUUCAUGGUGUCUUCAAGGUUGUAAAUAAGGAUCUAUAAGAUGUGUACUAUCAAUGAGAGAAGACCUGUAGUGUAGUCAUAAAGUUUUUCUCCUUAGUAAAAAAACAAAUUGUGAAUCAGGUAUUCUUUUAUAUUUUUUUAUAAUUUACUAAGCAAAUCACACUUUUCUGUGUUAUUUAAGUGAUUAAUUUCUUUCAUAAAUGUGUUUAUUUUGUAUGGAAAUGACAAGUUUUGCUCCUAAUUUUAUAUUUUUUUUAGUUCUUGUGUAAUUGCUGUUGUAAGUUAGUACAGUACUAUAGAAACUCCUUUAUCAUUCCUGUCAUGUGAUCAAACAAGUGUCCAUCAUCAUCAGGCCCCUUGUGUCUUAUACAGGGGGAGGGGGGGGGGGGGUCACAAAUGAAACAAGUGAAUUAGUUUGAAGUUAUAUACUUAUAAUGGACCCUCUUUGAAAGUAACACUUUUUUUAUUUAAUGUUGAAAUUAUUUUUAAUACAGUUCGUAUUUACAAACUUUUGUUACAAAUUUAAUAGUUUUUUUGUCUCCCGAGGAGAAUUAGUUUUAAGUGCAACUAAUAGUGCUGUAGUCUUUGUUAUUUGAAGAAUCCAUGUGAGCACCAGGUUUAGGGAAGUGUGUGUACACCAGACUUGUAUUACAGCAGCAGGUGCACUAGUGAGUCAAGGACUGUGGUAAGUCAAGACCUGAGACUAAGAUAACCCUUGACAUCAUCCAAGAUGAACUACUUAAGAAAAUUUAAGACACCAUAAAUGAUAGUAACUUUAUUGUCUACUCUUUAUCUUGGUUUAAGAUCCUGCAGGUGAUGUAUCUGCCAAUUGUCAUAUUUGUUUUAAUUUUCGUUAGGUAAAGGAUUUUACAUUGAGCACUGGGGAGCUUUGUCCCAGGAGAAUUUUCAGUCCUUGGAUUAAAUAGUUUUUUCACUACAUGUAUCAUGUGGACCAAACAAGGUACCUGUGCCUCACCACUCAAGUGUUCAGGUUAUGAGGCUGAUGAUUCAUUAUUGGAUAUAGUUUUAAGUACAGCAUAGAAUUUUAUGGGCACCAAACCUCACUAUCAAUUUUAUGUAUAGUAAGUCAUUAACAUGAACUCAUUUUUUACCAUCACACUUCUUUGUCUGGUUACAUAUUGGAGUGUUGGAGGAACAUAUUUUGUGCUCAUUGUUAGAAGUUUUAAGUUCUCUUGUAGCCAAUUUUUUAAACAAGAGAAUUACCGUAUAUAUUCGUGUAUAGUUCGAGUUUUUAAGACCAAAUUUUUAGGCAAAAAAUUGGGGGUCGUCCUAUACAUGCGUAAUAGUUUUGUUAGGUUGAACCCGUGCAUGAUGGGAAGG